AUGGAAAUCAUUGUUUCUUAUCCUUCUCAAGCUACUAGAUUUGAUCAUUUAAAUGAUUGCAUCAAAAUAGGUCGAACAUUCAUCUUGUCUGGGUUAAUAAAAAUCGAAUCUAAUGCAAAAACAUUAGAAGCCACAGAUAUAGAUUAUUUAACGUCUUUCAAUACAAGUUAUAAUUUAACUGGAAAUUCCUUACCAACUGCUUCAAACACUCACUUGGAUAUCAGUAUAAUCGCAGACGAAUUCAGAUCUACAAAUUCUGAAUCUCCAAAAAAGCAUAAAAAAUUGAUACCUAAUCCUGUCAGCUACAACACAAAUACAAGAACCAACAUCCAUCAUUACUGA